AUGGCAAGCGAACUUGUCCACACGGGCGGCGUGUUUCGCCCUGUUGGCCGCGCUCUGUUACUUGCUGGGCUCAUUCAGUUUGUCAACCGCACUGCACAGUCUACGGCUGUUGAGGUGACCACCCACACGUGCGCCAGUGACAGGAUCGAGGUUUCGUUGACUCCCGGUAACCUGGGUGUUGAAUUAGAGUGCCCCCGUGAGUCAACAUUCACUCCAAGUGCAUCCAAUGAUGCCCUUCAGUAUAUGAGUGGCACCUGUGGAGAACAAAAAAGUUUGACUGAAUUGCUAGGAAGUGGCUCUGCAGCAACCUGGGACGCCUCGCAGCUGAAAGUCACGCAGCUCCCCACCGAAGCAAAACAAAUAUGUUACCAGUGCAAGAACGGCAGUAAAGUCACCUGCACAGCGGUAAUCAACGUGGCGAGCAUGCCAAAAAGUUGCACGGCUCCGGGAACGGGACAAGUGUUGAAAGCAGGAGCAUCACAGGACCUCAUUCUCACAGUGGAGGGCGAGAACCCUGUUUUCUUCACCUGUCCCUCUGGUUUCACUCUUGAUCCCUCUACUGCAACACAGGUAUACGUUGGAGAAGAAUGCGGAGAACAACCAACUCAAAGGGACAUUGAGCGAAAGGGAGAUCAAACCAAUGGUUACUCGUUCCGAUUGAAGGAGCAACCGACGGCGGAGGAAACGUUUUGCUACAAAUGCAAGAAAGCGGAUGUUAAGACAGGCGCCGGGUGCACAAUCAAAAUCAAAAGUGUAACUACAACCACAACAACAGCAACUGGCUCGUCAACAGACGAUGAAUCCACGGAUUCAAAUACUUCCGGAGCAGAGACGCUGAACUAUGUCAGUGGAGUCGUUUGCGCAGCUGCCAUGUGGGUGGGAUACCUUUUGUAA